AAUUUUUAUUCGAAACAGGAGAAUUCAGGACUAAUGCCGACUAUCAAUACCAGCUUCUACGUUGUAAUGUGGAUCUUUUGCGAAUAAUUCAACUUGGUCUUACAUUCCUUGAUGAGUCGGGGAAUACGCCAGGCGGUAGCUAUACAACGUGGCAAUUUAAUUUUAAAUUCAAUUUACAUGAAGACAUGUAUGCACAGGAUAGUAUAGACAUGCUACAAAAUAGUGGUAUACAGUUCAAGAAACACGAAGAGGAGGGCAUCGAUCCAUUAGAGUUUGCUGAGCUAUUAAUGACAUCAGGAAUUGUUCUUGUUGAUGACAUAAAAUGGCUAUCUUUUCAUUCUGGCUACGACUUCGGUUACUUACUAAAACUCCUCACAGAUCAAAAAUUGCCACAGGAGGAAAGUGAAUUUUUCGAGCUUCUUAGGAUAUACUUUCCGACGAUAUAUGAUGUAAAAUAUUUAAUGAAAUCGUGCAAGAAUCUGAAAGGCGGUUUACAAGAAGUGGCAGAACAGCUGGAAAUUCAAAGAGUAGGCCCUCAGCAUCAAGCUGGCUCCGAUUCCCUUCUUACUGGAAUGGUCUUUUUUAAAAUGCGAGAAAUGUUUUUCGAAGAUAAUAUUGAUGAUGCAAAGUAUUGUGGACACCUGUAUGGUUUGGGAACGUCAUUUGUGAUGAACGGUUCUGGUGGCUAUAUGGACAGUAAUGGAGAUAAUGCCUCGACAUCGUAAUGUUAAAGAAAGAAUCGAUCAGUAACAGAGAGAUUAUUUCAUUACAAAUAAAAUGUUAUAAAAAAAUCUUUUCACUUAAUGAUCAAGUGUAUGGUUCAUAUCCGCUAUAUUGACAUUGCUGUAGGUUCCACACGAAAGGCAAUUUAGAUGUGUCUCUUUCAGAUCUCUUUUUUUUUUAAUUCUUUUGAAUUCCUUCUGUGACUCUUUUGUAGAUUACUUCUGUGAUACAUACCGUCAAUCGAAAAGAUUUACAACAUCGUACAGCAUAAAAAAGUGUAAUAUAAUUUUUUUGUAAACAUUUGGACAAUAUUGAUAUAUAAGAUACCGUCGCAGUACAAA